AUGAUCACAGCGAGUAAUGAGUUCCGCACUGCUGGGCCUGUCAAGCAAGACCUCACUUCUCACAACGGCCCAUAUACCCUUUUUCCCACGUUUGUGCUACUUUUGUUGUACGAGGAAUGGGGUGAGACCCAAGGUGAAGCCGACGCCGCAAGUAUUCCUUCAGUACACAUUAUGCUGGAGAACCUUUGGGAAUCAAAUUCCGUGAUGGAGAGCCAUGGAAGAAGGUUUUUGGUAGAUGCUAAAGAACAGGUCAACGUGGUUCAAUUAUCGGACGAUUGCUGGUUCACGAUAGGUCAACGUGGUUCAAUUAUCGGACGAUUGCUGGUUCACGAUAGGUACUUUAACAAAGAGAUUAUGACAGCCAACUCUGCUCAUGUUGGGUUAGGAGAUGCCGGAUCUUGGCAAAGAGAAAACAUGGUUACGGCAUUGUUUAACUAA